CCCGUCAGCCCACAUGUGACCGACUCUAUGGAUGCCCUGGAUUACUGUGAUUAACUACCACCACACACGAGAUGCAAAGCAUGCGAUACAAGGAAUUAUAGAGAGGUUAGUGCAAAUUCCGGACAUACCUUGGCUACUUGAACUCAGUUUGCAGGGCGGCAACGUCACUACGCACUCAUGGAGUAUGAACCCAUUAUCUUCAGUCAACAUAAUUAUCGUGACAAUUCAGAUCCUGCAUCUCGUGUACGGUAGAAUAGAUAGAAAAUACAACUGCAACUCAUUGAUCGCAGAGCGCAACGCUUCUUUUCCUCGAACCUCUGUCCCGCCUUUUAUAUUACUGUGGGUCCUCCGAUGGAGGUUCUGAGAGGUCGGUGAGCCUAUGGGAGUAGAUCUCCUGGCUUAAAGGCUACUCAGAAUGCUAGACCUCGCCAUAUUGCUUUUUUGGGUACCCUUGGGUUUACCCGGAAACCCGCCAAGAACCAAUAACCUCAUAUAUUACAG